AGGUCAGCAGCGGGGCGAGCAUGUGGGUUACAGUCUGAUCAAUACGCAUCGAUUUCCAGGGUCUGCACACAGAUGCCCCUUUCAAUUUUUAGACCCAAAGCUGCAUCAAUUCACAGCAAACAGGUAUGACCGGAAAUUGUGUUUCAAGCCUCACAAAAUAAACGGCAAAGUGGGAGGAGCGCCGCAUGGGAGCACUUCCACUCCUUCUCCAAGUUUUCAAGAGACAGAGCAGAACAACAUGCUUCCACUCAGAAAUGUGUUGUGAAAUCCAUCCAGAGAGUAUUGCUCCCUCCAGGUGGUCCCUCGGUUCCUUUUACCCGCGUCCUGCACCUCUUAUUGAUGACAGACAUUGCCUCCGGGGGAGCGGUCGUUCACUCGCUUACUGAGGUCUGCUGCUGUCAAACUUCAGCUGACAUGGAUCUUGUUGCGCCGACGGACGCACUAAAGUUUUUGGUUUAGCUGGCUGCGGCGGGACGGUCUGACUGUUGUUAUUUUUUUUUUGGCUUCAAGUUUUUCUUCAUAAACGAACGAAACUUUUCCCGUCCCAGACAUGCAAAAAAUCAACUCCGGCGGGACGCACAGCAACACGCUGCCCCGGGACGCGGAGCUCCAGCUGCGGCUGGCUGACAGCAGAGGCUCCGGGGAAGGGAGGGAGAACGGCGCCGGGAUACAUUACCUUACCCAGCCUGAAGAUCCGGGCUCGUUUUGCACCAAACGGAAGAUGCUUGUCGGUUUGGAUCUUAUUUGCCUUUGUGUUGCCUCCAUCCCAUUUUUUGCCUGCGAAUUGAAGGCAGUGAAACCGUACAAGCGAGGCUUUUUCUGCGGAGACACCUCCAUCGCUUAUCCACUCCCGAAAAGCGAGGCAGUCCCCGACACCUUGCUCAUCGCAGGUGGCAUCGCCAUCACUGGCUUAACAAUUGCUCUGGGCGAGUGCUACCGGGUGCGUUUUCGAGGCGUACUCUCACGAGCUUUCGUCAGAAACCACUACGUGUCGUGCCUGUACAAGGAACUGGGAAGCUUCCUGUUUGGUUGUUGUGUGGGACAGUCUCUCACAAACAUGGCCAAGCUCAGUGUGGGGCGCCUGCGACCGAACUUCCUCUCUGCGUGUAACAUCACGUAUGCAUCCAUUAACUGCAAACCUGGCCAGUACGUCCCUGAGGUCACCUGCAAUGAGUCAGACCACAAGGUGGAGGAAGAGGCAAGGAAAUCAUUUUUUUCCGGGCAUGCUUCCUUUGCGAUGUACACCAUGCUCUAUCUGGCAUUCUACCUGCAGGCUAGGCUGUCGUGGCGAGGAGCUCGCUUACUGCGCCCGCUGGUGCAAUUCCUCUUAGUGAUGGUGGCGAUCUACACAGGCCUGAGCCGCAUCUUUGAAAACCGCCACCACCCCACUGAUGUCCUCACUGGCUUCAUACAGGGGGGGCUCACUGCAUACUGGGUGGCUUUUCACAUCUCGUCCAUGUUUAAGCCCUGCGCCCGUACAGGCCAGUCUCCAACAAGCGUGUCCUUGGAGAGCCCACUGUCCAGCCAGCAAACGGUUUGCUAGCAGGUGGCAUCAGGAGACAAAGAAGAGAGGACGGACUGUUAAAACAGCAAGAACAGCAGAUAGGGAAGCAAUAAACUUUAAGACAUAAAGUAAGGGAGUCAUUUCAAGACAAGGAUGUGAUGAAAGAGCACAAUCUAACGCAAUCUUAUACAUCCUGACAUUCCGAUUCACCUGCUGGCGUGCAUUCAUGUAACCUAUUUACACACUCAUGUGGAAUGCAAGAAGCACAUAUGGUGGUACGUAAUACCCGCCCAGUGAAAAGAAUGAAUAUUUCAUAUAUAUUUUAUAUAAAUACAAAAUCUAUAUUUUUAAAGUUGAUUUUAACAAGCUGCUAAUUUUUACUUUUUUUUUCUCCACAUUUUUGUCAGUCCGUUCUUACUCUCCCAAAACGGAGGGUUUUAGCAUUUACCUUAGCUUUCAUAGCACGUCUAAUCACUGCUUGAGUGAUCAGUGAGAAAACGCCAGCCUCCUCUUUAGUUUUUGCUCCUCUGUUCGACUGGGAAAAAAAAACCCAACAACAGCAGCUGUGAACUUAGACCAUAACGCCGCCUCAGAUGUGAAGAAAGCUCUAUACAAAUCAGCAGAACUGGCAGAGAUGACCAACAAGCACUUGCCUAAACUCCUGACCAUCUUUACCUCCGGUGCAACAACGUGCCACUUUACGCGUCAGACUGCCUGGCAUCACCCUGACUAAACCACUUCCUGUGUUCGCAAAGACAGCCCAGCAUUUAUGCUGUAAUACAAUGCUAUCGUUCUCUUUUGCGUUACCGAGGUGGUGAGUGGAAGGAGUCUGACCUGAUUUUGCCGCUUCCUCUAAAACGCCACUUUUCUCUACUAACCACUUUUCUCAGAAGGUGGAGGCUCGACUGAAUUUUUGUAACCUCUGACUUUUGCCGCUGGACUCCAUUCUCUGAGCAGCACCUUUUUUUUUUACGCCACUCAGACAGGAGAGAUUUCACUGCAAAACAGUAGCUCUCCUGUACAUAGUAAUUAAUAGCACUUGACAGUAAAUAACCGUAUAAUUAUAAUCUAUGUUUAUAUAUAUAUAUAUAUAUAUAUAUAUAUAUAUAUAUAUAUAUAUAUAUAUAUAUAUAUAUAUAUAUAUAUAUAUAUAUAUAUAUAAAAUUUGUUUUAAUCUGAAUAAUCAGUGUUUAUUUGUAUUAACUUCAAACUCACACACUAUGAUUUUUGUGUUAGGAUGCUAAUUGUGUAAACUGUAUGUAAAUAGAUGUCCUGUUAUGAACCACACAGAAUUUUUAAAAGUAUUAUUUUACUUGUUUGUAUAAGUGUAUGUUCAGGUGGAGAGUGCCACUCUCAUGCCUGUUGUAACAACUAGACUGAGCCACAGAUGUUAUCACAAAGCUAUAUGUGUUGUGUUCCCAGUUAUUAUUUGUUCAUGUCUUUGUCUGUGAAUGCCGCAGAGGCAGAAAUAACCACUGUACUCAAAAACACACAAAACAACCAAACCAAUAAAGUGAAUAUUGAAUGUUUUCAACUUUUUCUGCUGCCGUCUACUGUACCGUUGCAAGCAGGUGUAAAGCCUGGGCUAAGACAAAACACAAUGGGACACACUUUUAGUAGGGCAGAAAACACAAAAAUACCAGUAAAUAUCAUAUGGUUUUUGUAAAAUAAAAAACACACAUUUAUUAAACUUUA